CUUCUCCGCAGGCGGCGGGGUGGGGGGCACUAGUGGGCCGCUGCCGGAUAAAAGGGCCCCGGACGCCCCAGGAGGCCAAGUAACGCUGCUCGGCCCGGCGCCCUGGCCGCAGCCCGACUGCCUGCGCUCCAGCUGGUCCCUUGGCCCCAGCUGCCCCUGAAGUCACCAUGAUAUGGCCCUCACCUACCACCUUCCUCCUGCCCCUGCUGUUCCUGCUGCUGGGCCAGGCCCCUCCCAGCAGGCUGCAGUCUCUGGGAACCAUGAAGCUACGGCUGGUGGGCCCAGGAAGCAGACCGGAGGAGGGCCGCCUGGAGGUCCUGCACCAGGGACAGUGGGGUACCGUGUGUGAUGACGACUUCGCUCUCCAGGAGGCCACAGUGGCCUGCCGUCAGCUGGGCUUUGAGGCUGCCUUGACCUGGGCCCACAGUGCCAAGUAUGGCCAAGGGGAGGGACCCAUCUGGCUGGACAACGUACGCUGUGUGGGCACAGAGAGCUCCCUGGAACAGUGCAGGUCUAAUGGCUGGGGUGUCAGUGACUGCAGCCAUUCAGAGGACGUUGGGGUGGUGUGCAACCCCCAGCGCCAUUGUGGCUAUAUUUCUGAAAGAGUCUCCAAUGCCCUUGAGCCCCAGGGCCGGCGACUGGAGAAGGUGCGGCUCAAGCCCAUUCUUGCCAGCGCCAAGCGGCAGAGCCUGGUGACUGAGGGGGCUGUGGAGGUGAGGUACGAGGGCCACUGGCGGCAGGUGUGUGACCAAGGCUGGACCAGGAACAACAGCAGGGUGGUGUGCGGGAUGCUGGGCUUCCCCAGUGAGCUGCCUGUCAACAACCACUACUACAGGAACGUCUGGGAUUUGAAGAUGAAGGAUCCCAAGUCCAGGCUGAAGAGUUUGACACAGAAGAAUUCCUUUUGGAUUCACCGGGUCAACUGCCAGGGGACAGAGCCCCACAUGGCCAAUUGCCAGGUGCAGGUGGCACCAGCGCGGGGCAAGGUGCGGCCGGCCUGCCCAGGUGGCAUGCAUGCUGUUGUCAGCUGUGUGGCAGGGCCCCGCUUCCGCCCUCCGAAGGUGAAGCCCAGGCAUAAGGAGUCUCAGGCAGAGCAGGAGCCAAGGGUGCGCCUGCGCUCUGGAGCCCAGGUGGGUGAGGGCCGGGUGGAAGUGCUCAUGAACCACCAGUGGGGAACGGUCUGUGACCGCAGGUGGAACCUCAUCUCUGCCAGUGUCAUGUGUCGUCAGCUUGGCUUCGGCUCUGCUCGGGAGGCCCUUUUUGGGGCCCAGCUGGGUCAAGGGCUGGGGCCCAUCCACCUGAGCGAGGUGCGCUGCAGGGGAUAUGAGCAGACGCUUGGUGACUGCCCUUCCCUGGAAGGGUCACAGAAUGGCUGUCAGCAUGAGAAUGAUGCUGCCGUCAGGUGCAACGUCCCUAACAUGGGCUUCCAGAAUCAGGUGCGCUUGGCUGGCGGGCGCAGCCCUCAGGAGGGCGUGGUGGAGGUGCAGGUGGAGGUGAACGGAGUCCAACGCUGGGGCGCCGUGUGCAGUGACCACUGGGGGCUCACGGAAGCCAUGGUGGCCUGCCGACAGCUUGGCCUGGGGUUUGCCAGUCACGCAGUCAAGGACACCUGGUACUGGCAGGGGACGCCGGGGGCCAGAGAAGUGGUGAUGAGCGGGGUGCGCUGCUCAGGCACAGAGCUGGCCCUGCAGCAGUGUCAAAGGCAUGGGCCAGUGCACUGCCCCCACGGCACAGGGCGCUUUUCAGCUGGAGUCUCCUGCACAGACAGUGCCCCGGACCUCGUGAUGAACGCCCAGCUAGUGCAGGACACAGCCUACUUGGAGGACCGCCCACUCAGCCAGCUGUACUGUGCCCAUGAGGAAAACUGCCUCUCCCAGUCUGCCGACCGCAUGGACUGGCCCUACGGACACCGGCGCCUCUUGCGCUUCUCCUCGCAGAUCCACAACCUGGGCCGGGCCGACUUUCGUCCCAAGACAGGACGCCACAGCUGGAUUUGGCACCAGUGCCACAGGCACUACCACAGCAUUGAGGUCUUCACCCACUAUGACCUACUCACUCUCAAUGGCUCCAAGGUGGCUGAGGGGCACAAAGCCAGCUUCUGUCUAGAGGACACAAACUGCCCUGCAGGACUGCAGAGACAUUAUGCAUGUGCCAACUUUGGUGAACAAGGAGUGACCGUUGGCUGCUGGGACACCUACCGGCAUGACAUUGAUUGCCAGUGGGUGGAUAUCACAGACGUGGCCCCUGGGGAUUACAUCUUCCAGGUGGCUGUGAACCCCAAAUACGAGGUGGCAGAGUCAGAUUUCUCUAACAACAUGAUGCGGUGCCGCUGCAAGUAUGAUGGGCACCGGGUCUGGCUACACAACUGCCACACAGGGGAUUCAUACAGAGCUAAUGCAGAACUCUCGCUGGAACAGGAGCAGCGUCUCAGGAACAACCUCAUCUAAAGCCAUUCUGCAUACUUCCAGCUGCUGCCACACACCAGAUACCUCAGCUUACUGGAGCCAUGCCCUCCAGAGCCCGAACUCAGAAGGGAAGGGGCCAGUGCCAAGGGGCACCAAGAGCCUGCUCAGGAAGCCUUCUGAUGGCAAGAUCACCAACCCAGGAUGGUACUGUUCCCCUGGGCUGGCUCUGGGCCUGUGUCCUAAGGGCCGUGGGUCUGUAGGCUCUGGCCUCCAGACUUCGUUCAGUCGAGCAUUUCUUCCAUAAGGGACCCUGUCUUUCCUGGCUCUUGGUCCAGAGUUUCUGGUUCAGAAGCAAUUGAUUCCCUAGGGAUGGAUUAUGGCCCAAUCCCCAAUCUAAAUGGUGCUUUGCAAAUGUCUUGGAGGAGUAGGGGACAAAAAUACACUGAGGGUGGUGUUAGCUCUCUCCUAGGAGCUCAGAACAACAAAACUUGUGUCAAAUCACAACUGGCAAAGUAGGUGAUGAAUUCAGUCCCUUGCUUGAUUUGUGCUCAUUAAGAACUCACCUGGCAUAUUCUCUAAGAGUAUGUUCUUUAGUGCCCUUACCUUACCUUUAUCCUACUGCACAUAUGGGUGUUACUAAUAUCCCUGGAAGGUUAGGCCUCUGGCAUCCCCUUAUUUCCUAAUGGGUCAACACCACCAGUUACUGAGUGCUUAAGAAGAGGCAAGAUUUGCAGAAGUGGCCAGAUAGGACCUUCUUGGAGAGUAGCGAGAGGAGGCCAAGCAGAAAGACUGCUGGGGUAAUGUGGGCCUCAGCCCUUGCAAGGGCCUCUGCCAAGGAAAAAAUAUAUGCCAAAAACUUGGCAGGCAACACAAUCUCCCUCAAGAUCACUGUGUGUCUCAGGGCCAGCCUAAAUUUCAGGUCUUAGCCAAGUUUCUGGAGUGAACUUUGCAUUUAAUAAAUUUUUGCAUUGGAAAGAACGUCAAACAAGCCACUCAUUUAUGUAAGAGUUAGAUGACAGAUUCAGUAGAGUAGGGCACAGGAGACUAUGGAGAAGCCCGAAGGGUAAUAUUCAAUUUAGUUAAGGACUAAACCUAGGAGAGGCCACCAUCCCUGCUCAAUGUGACUGUAGUGCUCUUGCUCAGGUGGUAUAAAAGCCCAUGGUCAUCUUGGACAUGAUCCUGUCUUCUCUCCACUUAGAUACACUUAAGAGAUGAUCUUACAGGUGUGACACCCUAAUGCCAAUAAAGUGGCUCCCUACGGCCUGCCACAAAGAUUGAACUGGCUGUGAGUCUUUGCAGGUCCCAGUGCACUAACUCCACCCCUGUUCACACUCCCACUGAGCCGGUGACUAGGAUGUGUGGGGCACACAGAUGACUCACCACAGUUCCACUCCAUUUCUCUGAUCAGAUACUGGCCUACAGUCUGCUUCCCAAUUCCUUUCCCAGACUUAGUGCUGAAACAUGGUUUGGAAAGAUUAAGGAAUAAAAGGUAGGAGGCAGAAGGAAAAGUGUAAGAACUGCAAGCUUUUGUUAACAGUCUGCAAAGCCAAAAUGAAUGGUAGUCGGGGCAGAUAUACAGCAGUCCUCCCCUGCCCACAAGGCUACAGCUACCCCUUCCUUAGGGAGUGAAAAGGGACAUGCUCUGGGGUAGACACCAUGAUACAAAGUGCUUCUUUUCCUCUUCUCCCCCUUCUCUCUUCUCAAGUCCUUCAUCUUCUUCAUUAGGCAGAGGGACCAUUAUAGUUUGGCAUGGCAUAGGUAAACAAGGGAAGGACCAGUUUCCUGUUGGAUCCAGCAACCAUCUCCCAAACAGUAACAGCCUUAUAGUUGCACAUACAGCUAACAGUCUGUGAAAGCAUGUGCAGCUAGUGGGGAGCACGUGGUGACUGAUGACUAGAUUCAGGCUGAGAGGUUAACCACAGCUCUUGCUGGAUCCAGUUUCCAAGAGGGUCAGAAAAAGCAGGCCAGGCAGCGAGCCACCAGCUCUGGUCUCAGUCCUGCUGCCCACAUCACACGUUUGAUAGAUGCAGCCAGUUCUCAUUCUUGGAAAAGGCUGUACAAGAGUUGUGCUGUUAUACCUCUGAGUUGAAAGGGAAGGACAUGGGAAGACUGGUGGCUGGCACGACUUGUAACUAGAUGAGGAAUGUUAACAGAAUACCAACCACCAAAUUCCAGACAGAACCAAAAUUUCAGAUUUUCACCUUGGCAUUCUUUAGUCUGGAGAAACUAAAGUGUUAGGAACCUCAAUCACUGUUCAAGAGCCUAAUUUAUUUCUAUUCCACCAAGACCAUCACUCUAUGGGGAGCAUGUUAGAACUUGGGGAAUGCAAGUGAUACUAGCAUUCAGAUGUUCAACAUAUAUGAAGCAACAUACAUGCAUAGCAGAGUCCAUUAGCUGUCUUUCUGAAUAGCUAAGAAGCCAGUGGCAGCUACAAGGGCUCUCUAGUUAGCUCAGCUUGUGAACCCAAGGAUUAGAUAUGGCUAAGGAUUUGGUUCCCAUCUGGAUAAGCUCAAUGUAGCCCAUGCUGGACAUGGCAGGUCCUUCUACCUCCAGCCAGUAGACAUCAAUUCCAACUACUAGGAAAAGAUAAUUAAAAAGCACAUUUUCUAUGAUGGUGAAGAAGCAGCACCCCAUAGCUUUUGGUAUUGGCUAAAAAAAAUUCUUUCUCUGGGUCUGAUUACAAUGAUAAAUGUUAAAGUUAGAGGUGACUGAUUAGUAGGUGAAAAAAAGCACAAGCUACUAGCUACCUAGUACAUGGCAUUAGAAUGAGAACAAAAAAAACUUCUUCUGGAAAUUAUGAGUCCUAGAAGAAAACUGGGUAAUAAACAUGGGCUGAAUGCUGCUAUUAACAAUGGCCUUAAAAGCUAAAAUGCUGUCAGAAAGGGGAAACAUCCUCAAAGUCAAGUGAUAGUAACAAGUCAGGUCACUCUCAGCCUUGAAGAAUCAAAACAGAGCAGAGGUAUACCUCAGAUUCAGGCUGAGAGGUUUAUCAUUCAGUACGAAGUCUGGCUGUAAUUCCCUGCAUUUCCUUUCAAAUGCAGCCAUACUGCUCCGACAGACCUGCCUAUCACAGAGAAGUCUGUUCAGGAAGCCAGAGAACACAAGUCAUGUGGCUACAGGCUGAAGAGAGGGGCACUGACCUGAGCAGUCCUGGGACAGAGGGUCAAAAGGACUUAUUUAAUCCCCCAAACCUGGAAUGGGGGCACUGAACAUGAAUAAGGGACAAUCUCAGAGCUGACCAAGAAUGUAAAAGCCAGUGCUAAGGAACUGUGUGGGAGGGCUCUAAGACUGGAAAAGCAGCAGGAAUAGCUGGGUCAGGACUAAGACCCAAGGCCAGUGUCAUCUGAGGAACACUUAAACAGAGCCCUCCUCCACCGUGUUCUAGGCAAUGCUCAUAACCCAUCAUUGUCACGGGCCCUAAAUCAUACAAAUAUGAGACUGCUGCCCUCUUUGCAAGUACAAUGAGACACUAUUUCUUGCCACUCAGCAUCUUAAGGUCUAGUACUACCAUUUCUUCAGUGCAGAACCACUUUCCGAAAACAGAGAAUACAGAUGUGAGAUGGGUAAAGCCCAAGCUGAGUCUCUGACUUGUCUGUGUCUUUUAGAAAUCCCUCACUGCCCAGAGGUGUUUGUUUCACUCUGGCUACUCUUCAUAAUGGAUGGUCUUGUGCUGCUUGCCAAGUGCCUCUGGCACAGGCCGAGAUCAUACCAAGAACAUGUUGUGUGCCAGAUGCUUUCUGCAAGACGUCAGAUUUAACAGAAAUGGGAAAAGGCAAGAAGUUGAGGUAGGGGUGUACUAGGAGGACAAAAAGGGGAGAGGAACUGCCAUAUACUGAUCCCAAAAGAGACAUUUUUGUAGUAUUUGUGGGGCAGAGAGAUUAUCAGCAGUC